GUGCUGUGCGCACGUCGCUAAACGUCGUUGAGCAAAGAACGCGAAAUUUGACUAUCCCGUAAACUUAAACAACAAAAUUUCUUGGAACACAUGUUUAUUGAUUUAUAAAUAUUAGAAACAAUUUUGUUAAAUUAAGUGAUCAACCAGCGAUGGAAUACAUAACAAUUUGAAAACUUUUUAGAUAAGGCGGUGGCAGCUACAAAUAUUGCGUCUCGAUGUGCGGCCGAGGGUGGCGCCGCACGGGGCAGCAUGCUGGCGCAUCUUCUACUACUUAGCACCGCCCUCGCGGCUGUCACCAGCGGCAAGCACGGAGGUGUGGACGCCCCGGAGUUCGGCGAGCCUCUCACCAACCUGACGGUUCCCAUCGGGCGCGACGCGACCUUCAAAUGUAUUGUCGUCAAUUUAGGCAAUUAUCGGGUGGGCUGGGUGAAGGCGGAUACAAAGGCGAUACAGGCGAUACACGAGCACGUCAUCACGCACAACCACCGCGUCUCCGUGUCACACAGCGACCACUUCACCUGGUACCUGCACAUCAAGAACGUGCAGGAGGAGGACCGCGGACAAUACAUGUGUCAGAUUAACACGGAUCCUAUGAAGAGUCAAAUGGGAUUCCUAGAAGUGGUAAUACCACCUGAUUUUAUUCCUGAAGAAACAUCAGGUGACACUAUGGUACCAGAAGGAGGUACCGCGCGGGUGUCAUGCAAGGCGAGAGGGAUACCACCACCGCGGGUCAUGUGGAAACGAGAAGACGGACAGGAAAUUGUUGUGAGAGAUCAAAAUGGAUCGAAAACUAAAGUACUGUCUUUCCAAGGCGAGGUUUUAAAGUUGUCGAAAAUUUCCCGAUCUGAAAUGGGAACAUACUUAUGCAUUGCAAGCAACGGGAUACCGCCAACAGUUAGCAAGAGGAUUCAUAUCAGCGUACAUUUUCAUCCAGUGAUCCAGGUGCCCAAUCAGCUCGUAGGCGCACCUCUGGGUACUGACGUCACUCUUGAAUGCUACGUCGAAUCCUCUCCAAAGUCUAUCAAUUACUGGGUUAAGGAUCCAGGUGAGCUGAUUAUACCAUCUGAGCACCACGAGAUGACGGUGCGACAGAAGUCCAUGUUCGAAGCGGAAAUGUCUAUGACCAUUAAAAAUAUACGACGGGAGGACUUAGGCAGUUAUAUUUGCGUAGCCAAGAAUUCUCUUGGUGAUGUUGAAAGCAAGAUUCGUUUAUAUGAAAUACCGGGUAAUGACAGACAUGUGUACCAAUAUCCAGAUGAGAGGACAACAUCCGAUGACGAGUAUGGAACGGAAAUAUACGACGAUGAAGACAUUCCGAAUAACAAUGAUAAUGAGAAAAGCAAUCGAGUGCCGGACCGCGCCAACAAAUGGUACUCGAACGAUGGCAAAAUUGUUAUAACUACUAAUAAUGGAGCGUCUACUAUGUUUACCGCAACAUUAACUGUAACUAUCGUCUUCCUACUUCCUACAUUUAUUUAAACGACUAUCUGAUAAUACAAACUCAUGCUAACAUUUAUUAUGUUUUAUUAUAACUACUAUUUACAUGCAUAUUAGUAUCCCAAUGUAUAAAAAAUAUUAUGUAAAUAAGACGCUCACAUGUUUAAAACUGGAGACAUAGUUUAUUCCCCCUUAGCUUUGUCAGCAUCAAAUGCGCUUUCCUAUUGAUCUCGUCUAUUACUCUAACCAAAGGAUGCGUACUAUAAACAUUGUAUGGUUGUCUUUAUUAUUUACAAAUAAAAUAAAAGGGAUGCCAAAUGAUUUUUGUACAGUUACUACUGUCGAAACUCACGAUUAGAGAAAAAAGGCAUGGUGAAUGGGAAAGCGUAAUCUUUGAAUGCCAACUUAUUUUUCGACUGUCACUUUUUUUUCAUGUCAGAUUAAUAAUUUUUUUUAAUAACAUCACAAAUACAA